GCAAGUGUAAUAACUCAGUCCGCGCUUUGAUCAAGAAACAAACAUGAUUAACCGCAUCCGGCUAAAGUACUUAGCACGAUGUCCACACGCAUUUGCGGACUGUGCGGACUGGGCAAACGUGGCGUUGCGGGCUGUCGCUUCAGCGGCAGUACAGUUAGGAACCGUGGAGAGCGGCCGCGGUAGUGCCGAUGCCGCCGGUGAGCAAAGUGCAGGAGAAAGACACCCCGAAGGAGGUGUGAGACGCGUGUGAACCGCCCGAGAGUCUCCACCCGCGCAGCAGGCAGGCCGUGGGCAACCGGCAGCAGAGGGCCGGCGGAGAGCGAAAGAGAAAGCGAAAGAGCAGCGGUUCGGGAAGUGUGUCUGUCUGCUGCAUCACCCUGCGCCUCACUCGGGCCUCGCCGCCUCGCCCAGAAGAGCAGCCGCCCGCCCGCAGCCCCCCGGUUUGCCGACACGCUCCUCGCUCCAGGGCCGCCAUGUCCCGGGGCUCCAGCGCGGGGUUCGACCGCCACAUCACCAUCUUCUCCCCCGAGGGCCGCCUCUACCAAGUCGGUGAGCGACCGAGUCGCUCUUUCUGCCGAGCGCUGGCGGGGGAACGAGGGGGGGGGGAGUCUGAGCCUCUUGGCUUCUCUCUCACACUCUCUGCACCUGUUUCUCUCUUUCACUAUUGGUACUGUAUCUGUCUAUAUCUCAAAUCCCAGAAGUACCGUACAGGUGUGACUGUCCUGAAAGGCGUGGCCAACUCUCUGACUCUCAGCCUCUCUUCAUACCCCUCAGCGGACAGUCGCUCCCAGGUGCACCGGGCUCGUGUGGAAGCUGCUGAAUGGAAAUAUAAAUUUGGUUACGAGAUCCCAGCUGACAUGCUGUGCCGGCGCAUGGCUGACAUCUCCCAGGUCUACACACAGAAUGCUGAGAUGAGACCACUGGGCUGCUGCAUGAUGAUGAUUUCCAUGGACCCCCAGCUCGGCCCCAUGCUGUACAAGUGCGAUCCCGCCGGCUACUACUGCGGCUACCGCGCCACCUGCGCCGGUGCCAAACAGACCGAGGCCAGCAGCUACCUGGAGAAGAAACUGCGCAAGAGGCCCGACCUGCCCUACGACAAGACCGCGGAGCUGGCGAUCACCUGCCUGUCCUCCGUCCUCUCUCUUGACUUCAAGCCCAGUGAGAUCGAGGUGGGGGUGGUCACCAAAGACAACCCUAAAUUCAGGACGCUGAGUGAAGAGGAGAUCGACGCACACCUGGUGGCCAUCGCUGAACGAGAAUAGAGACACCACCGCACACACAUACUGACUGAGUCAGGGGCUUACAGUGUGACACACACUGACACACACACAACUCUGCCAGACACACUGGCCAACACCCACGGACACUGACACACACGCAGAUAACACAAAGAAAAACAGCUUCACAAACAGCACAUGUCACUGCAGAUCUACGAGUGUGUGUGUGUGUGUAGUGCGUAUAUAUUUUUAUUACUUUGUAAUAAACUUGGAAGACCAACUGCUCUCUCUCCA